CUCGAAACAUUACUGGAGAUGAAUAAAUACUAUACUUGCAUUCAAAUGUACUUUGUGCUUCUAAUCUCUGAGGAGAAAAAUUGGAAGUUAAUGAAUCUUAAUGCAAUGGUCAUUAACGAAUUGUGAAACAGCUAAAAUUGAGACGAUACACAAAUCUGCAGUCGACCAGACUACGCAGAAGUACACAGGCAUAGUUGAUUGAAAAUCAAAAUGUGGACACAAUUAUUAUUUUUAGGGGGGUUAUAUUUCGUACUCAGGGCCACAUUCGGUUUACAAUUACAAGUCGGUGGUGAAACUCGAGCGAUAACUCACAUUCGAGAUCCGAAAUAUCUCGUGGCGCAAUGCGGAGAGAAGAAGACAUUAAACUGGCCAUUGAAUGUAAAUAAUUAUCGUGGUGCCAGACUAAUGGAUGCCAUCACACAAGCUGGAGGGGCUUCCGUCGUAAAUGCUAUCCCUUCGGAACCCUCAUUCCUUUGGAGAAUUGCAUUUUGUGAUUCAGUAAUUCACACUGGAAAUCUUGGGAUGGGAAACACUACGACGAUUCAUCGCAAUAAAGCAAACAAGACAAAAGUUCGACACAAAGAUCGUAUUCGUAACCAUUUAUCAAAAAGUAGCAAUCAAACUACAUAUGCAUAAUAAACAAAGUUAUUAUGAAAAUUAAGAAAUUAA